AUGGAAGAAGAAAAGGUAACUUGUUUUGAUGAUUUUGUUGAGAAAAUUAAAGACACUUUAAUUCCUGAAGGUUAUAUAUGUAUCAAAAUGAACACUCAUCUGUCCUAUGCACUAAUUAAUAAUAAUAAAGAGAAAGAGCCUCUUGACAUUACUUUGUCAAUUACUGUAGUGAACGACUUAACAGUUACCAUUUAUAAAGAUGUUGGAAAGAUUUCCGUUGAAAUAGGUUUAUCAAAGUGCAAGCAUUUGUUAUCAAAAGAAAAUACUAUUAAUAGCACUACACAUUUCUCUAAUCUGUUAGCUUUUUUGAAGAACACUUAUAAGGAAGAUGAGCUCUGUGAAGAGGAAGUUUGUUCUAAUAUGAACAACAUUAAUCAAUUAUUGGGAAUCAUUAUAGAAAAGGGCUGUUUGGGUGACUUUGCACCAUUGUUGGAAUUUGUAAAGGCUCAGCCAAAGCUGACUUUAGUCAAGAAACAAGCUAGAAAAUAUUCUAACAAACUAACAACUGUUUCAUUUUUGUGGCAAAUGAUAAGCCCUAAGCUCUAUGAAACUCUAAAAGAAUUGUUUAUUCUUCCUAGUGUUCGUAGAAUUCAGCAAUUGUCUUCUGUUUUUGCUGAAAAUGUUGAAGAUCUUAACCAGCCUUACUUAGAAGCAAGCUGGAUCAAUAAGAACAUUUUUUUGUUACCUGACCGUACUGAUGUUGAUGAUGGGGAAAUUCCAAAAUUAAUUGCUGACUUCCGUCAUGUUGAAAAGUUGUAUGCUACUGAAGAAAUGAUGCCCUUAAAAGUAGCUCACAAACUGACAAUGGUCAGUCUCAAACCAAAUAACAUCCAACGAACUUCACCUGUUCAUGCUAAAAGAAAACACAAUCUAAACAAGUACUUGGAAGCUGUCAGUUCUCCUACUGAUUGGCAGUUAAAAGGAAUUUCACAACUCUGCUCGUAUAUUUUUGAAAACUAUGAUGAAAUUACCUACUGUCUUCUUGGAAAAUGGACAUCUGAUUGCAUCGAGGGGCGGUUUGAUUGGUACCACCAACUCAAUUGUGCCAAUUUCUAUAUAGGUGUGCGUCAAAUUAUGGAAAGUGAAAAAAAAAUUCGUACUCUAACUGCUAUAAGGUCAGGCGUAUUUGAGGAGCUAGCCUUUACUGAAAAAACUGUUCCUUCCGCUACUGUAGAAUGGACGUGGUUGCGUGACGAGCUGGCAGAUGAUCCUACUGAUCUUGAUCCAAAAGAUAUGCUGCCCCUCAUAUACACCUCUGGGUACAUUGGAAGGUCGAUCAGUAGAAAAACGAAAUGUGAGUCUUGCAAAGAAAAUCUGGGGGACCGCUUUUGUGACAAAGAGAAUUCUGGAGAGCACACAAAAGUCAUUGAGCUGCAUGACCGAGAAAAUCUUCUUCAAAGGUUUAUGGCAUGUUCUUCCAGCAGUCAGCAUGCCGUGUUUGAAGCAGCGAUAAUGGACAAAAUGACUUCCUUUACACCUGCACUUGUGCAACACCGUUGUGCCCAAGGACACGAAACUGCGCCCCUCAUGGUUCGCAGUUUGUUUAAUUGUAUGUGUAAAAAUCUGAUUAAGAGAGCUAACAAAGCUGAUUGUUCAUCAGCAUCAUCACCUACUCUGCGAAAAAUAAGAAAACUUCAGAAUGAAAGCUCAAAGUGA